GCAGAGGCUACUCUGCUAAAGCGGGAGAGGGAUUAAAACAAACUGCGAGAAGCCUGCACUUCUCAGCAGCCUGUCAAACUUUGUAGCAGACACCCUGAGCGGUGGGCCUUGUUAAAGGGGAAGAGAAACACACUAAACACAGAACCAGCCCAGCAUGGAUGCAGGGCCAUCAGAGGGUGUAGGGGAGGUGGAGGUCCACAGCCAGGAUGCCAUGGUUGCUGACCUCCUCCAGCAAGCUGCAGAGGCCGGGGGCGUGUUAGACGGACAAGCUGGAGUCAUCCUUGAACAAGGUCAUGGGGAAGAGUUGGUAGCAGCCGCCCAGCGACAGCUAAUGGAGGCCGGGGUUGGUGUAGAAGAUGGACCAGGUGUUGAAAUGAUGGUUAUGGACUCACUGGACCCCACUUUGCUGCAGAUGAAGACUGAGGUGAUAGAUGCUACAGUGGGGGGGUCAUCAGCUGGUUCUGCUCACCAAGCAACUGUCACAACAGUGGACCAGACUCAAAUCAUCACGCUACAGGUGGUCAACAUGGAGGAGCAGGCAGCUUUAGGCCUGGGAGAGCUGCAGCUGGUCCAGAUGCCAGUUUCUGCCACCACUGUGGAGGCCCUGCAGCAAGGCACCUUUGUUGACACCACUGCGAUGCCAAAGGAUGGAGACCCAGUCAUUUGCCACACCCUGCCACUUCCGGAGGGCUUCCAGGUAGUUAAGGUUGGUGCUAAUGGGGAGGUGGAGACCGUGGAGCAAGAAGAGGAGGGAGGACAAGGCCACCAUGAAGAGGAAGAUGAGGAGGUGGGCAACCAGCUGUUGGAAGAAGGGGAAGAUGGGCCCAUUAAGACUCCAAAUGAUGACCCCAACUGGGCUAAAGAUCCAGACUAUCAGCCUCCAUCUGGAAUUUUGAAAAAGACCAAAAAGGGAAAAAAGAGUCGCCUGCGUUACGCUGAAGGAGAUAAGGAUAUGGACGUCAGUGUCUAUGACUUUGAAGAAGAGCAGCAGGAGGGCCUUCUGUCUGAGGUCAAUGCUGAGAAAGUGGUGGGCAACAUGAAACCACCCAAACCUACAAAGAUCAAGAAGAAAGGAGUGAAGAAGACAUUUCAGUGUGAACUCUGCAGCUACACCUGCCCUCGGCGCUCCAACCUGGACAGACACAUGAAGAGCCACACAGAUGAGAGACCACAUAAAUGUCAUUUGUGUGGAAGAGCCUUUAGGACUGUCACCUUGCUAAGAAACCAUCUCAACACACACACCGGAACUCGUCCACACAAGUGCACAGACUGUGAUAUGGCUUUUGUGACUAGCGGAGAGCUGGUUCGUCAUCGUCGCUACAAACACACACACGAGAAACCCUUCAAAUGCUCCAUGUGCGACUAUGCCAGUGUGGAGGUGAGUAAACUAAAGCGUCACAUUCGAUCCCACACUGGUGAGCGUCCAUUCCAGUGCAGUCUCUGCAGCUACGCCAGUAGAGACACGUACAAGCUGAAGAGACACAUGAGGACACACUCGGGAGAGAAACCUUAUGAGUGCUACAUCUGCCAUGCCCGUUUUACCCAGAGUGGAACCAUGAAAAUGCACAUUCUGCAGAAACACACAGAAAACGUGGCAAAAUUCCACUGUCCACACUGUGACACGGUUAUCGCACGGAAGAGUGACUUGGGUGUCCAUCUUCGAAAGCAGCACUCGUUUAUUGAGACUGGAAAGAAGUGUCGUUACUGUGAUGCAGUCUUUCACGAGCGCUACGCUCUGAUCCAGCACCAGAAGUCCCAUAAGAACGAGAAAAGGUUCAAAUGCGACAUGUGUGACUACUGCUGCCGCCAGGAGCGACACAUGGUGAUGCAUCGUCGUACCCACACUGGAGAGAAACCAUAUGCCUGCAGCCAGUGUGAAAAAACCUUCAGACAGAAGCAGCUGCUGGACAUGCACUUCAAACGCUACCACGACCCUAACUUUAUCCCCACCGCCUUUGUAUGCCCCAAGUGUAGCAAGACCUUCACUCGCAGGAACACCAUGGCACGCCACUCUGACAACUGCAGUGGUGAGGUUGAGGACGCUGAGAACGGUACUCCUACCCCAAAGAGAGGGAGAAGAGGAAGAAAGAGAAAGAUGAGGAGCAGGAGAGAUGACGAUGAUGACAGUGAAGAGGAUCCCGUUGAACCCGAUGAGGAGGAAGAGGGUGAGGGAGAGGAAGAAUUACCACUGCUACAGGAAGAUGAGGACCCAGAAAGCAUGGAAUUGGACCAGGCCCCCGCUGCCAUUCCCAUCCCAGCCCCCGACGAGCCACCAGUCAAGAGGAAACGAGGCCGACCCCCUAAGAAUGCCCCUAAGCCUCCGACACCUAUCAAGUCAGUCAGAGUGGCUGCCAAGACAAAGGCUGCUGCUGCCAUCAUUCAGGUGGAGGAUGAGAGCACUGGAGCGGUGGAGAACCUCAUAGUGAAGAAGGAAGAGGGUGACACGCCUUCAGCGACACCGCUGGAGCAGGGAGUGGCCCUGGCAGUGGAGGGGGUGGGGCUGGAGGGGGAAGGGGUGGAUACUGUUGAGCUGGCUGUGAAUGAAGAAACGGCAGCUGCUGCCGCCAAUGGCGAUCUUACGCCAGAGAUGAUCCUGAGCAUGAUGGACCGCAGCCAUGAUGGCGCCUUUGGAGUGGCUGCACAAACUGGUGACAGCAAAAAUAUCCAUGCACAAAGAAAGGAAGCUGCAUGUAAAUACUUCCAAAGUAACUUCACAUCCAUGUAGGUCAACCUGCUAGACACUGAAGUUUGUGGGUCUCUAACACACACACACACAGACACACAGACACACCCAAUACCAGAUCCUGUGUCAUCUCAUAUACAGGUAAAAUAUAAUGUCCAAGCUAAUUAUUGACUGCUGUCUGCUCUAAAUGCUUUUUUCAUAAGGUGAAUGUCUAUUGGAUGAAUCAUAUAUUUCGCUAGUUGUGUCUACACAAAGCCACAUCCUGUGUCAGUCCUUACCAACGCACUUUGCAGUUAAUGUUCAGCAGGAAACCACCUCCUCCGUGUAUGUUGCUCUGCCACCAUGUACAACUGUCAUUUGCUUUUCCCUCAUCACUUAAUUUUUCUGCACUCUUGCUUGGGUAUGUUUCAGAACAUUUUGCGAAUCACUGGCCUUUAUUGUUUUGUAUAUAAAUAUUGUAUGUCAUUUUUUCCUAUUGAAGAUCAGGAUAUUGAAAGAAGGAUCCUACCUUAUAAAUGAGAGAGACAGGUACAUUAAAAUUACCAGAGAGAUUCAUAACUGUGGUACAUCUUUUAGACUAAUUCUAACAUGCCCUCGGUCAGAUCAUGUACAGUACAUCCUUGAGAUAGCUGCUAAAUUAGUUAUUUUUGAACUUUUUUGCUAUUUUCUCGUACUUAUUACUGUUAGGGGCUAUUUAUAACUCACAGUUAAUAUUCUUCUUCCUCCCUGUUUGAAAAGAACAUAGACUAUUUUCAUAACAUUAUCUUGGAGCAAUUACAGAUAAUCUUGAUUGGUGAAAUAUGUAACUGUAAUUGUGGAUUUGAACAUUCCAAAAACAUCAAUUAACAUGAUAUCAUUUCAAUGCAUUUGAAUAGUCUCACUUGAAAUAAUCAGCAGUAACAAACUCAAGUUUGUAUACGGUAAUUAUCUGCCAUUUUAAAGCCAAUCCAUGUUUUGUUUGGACCAGACUACCUUGUGAGUCAGUGUGUCCCUCAAACACCACUCUUCCCCACCAUAAUCCAUAAUGUGGCAGAUGACUUUCAUGUAAAUACAUAUUUUUGAAACCUUCUUUUUGAUUUCUUGUAAAUCCUUUUAAAGUUUUUAAAUCGCUGAUUGGGAUAUUUGUUGGUGAAAAAGUACACUGAGCUUCUCUGUUAUGUGGUUAACAUGUCAGAACCAGACUGGGUUCUUCCUAACCAAUCAAAAUCAUCUUUGUAUUCUCUUGUUCAGAGCCAUUUUCUGCUUUGAUGUUGUUUUACAGUUUUGGUUUGUGGCCAUUGGGUUUAGGGUUAGGGUCACUGGGUUUUUCUACAGGUUGAUUAGUUAUCAGAGAAAACAUGUUAGAAGAAGGAUUCUGAGAAAACCAACCUCCAUGCAUCAUACUGACACUGUCACUUGUGUAGCAAUCCUUAAGCAGCAUCAGUUCUGUGACCGCAGGACAACAUGUGUUCUCAGUCAUGUUGCAGAAAUCUUUUUUGCUUUUUUUUUUUUUUUUCAGAGUUGAGAGAACAGAGAUUAUAAAACAUCCCUGUUUAAAGAGCUAGAAAACAGAAGAAACUUAAUGAACAGUCAUGUUAAAGCUGAGACACUGUACAGCUGAUGAAAAAUAAAACCAUACUCAUAGGCCUACAACUGCUGCAUGCUUCUGUCUUUCAUUUAGUUUAGUACAGGUGGGAGGGGCAGUCUGUCAAGGCCAUUCAAAAUGUAUGUCUUCUGUUUUCCAGGUCAGUGCAGAAAAAUGACAGAGGAAGAGCUUGGUGAAAUGAAAAGAAAAACACUCUUUGAAUAAGCACAUAUUCUUUGUUUCAUAAUUUUAAACUGCUGGACACCAGUUCUCUGCUACUUCAAUGAAAAGUCCUUUCUUUGUGUUUGUAUGUUUGAAAUUGGGAUCGUCAUGAUCGGGCAUGUAUUCUAACCCAAACAUUAUUUCCUAUAAGAACCCUUUUGGCCGAGAAAUUUAACAGUCAACCCAGCACUUUCUCUGGUCCUCAGCCACACACCUAGUCAACUUGAAAUGGGUUAAGAAAGUCGAAAGAAAACAUCUUCUCUGCUGGUAUGAAUUAGACAGUUACAAUGAACACAAAAUGUCACCACAGCAUAUGAAGGUGAAAACAGCCUUUUAUUGACAUGAUUCCGCUCAUGAAGCAAACAUUUGAGUCGAGGAACAACAAAAACACUUAGUUCUAUUAGAAGGAACUGGAAGCUCGGAGUAGGCAGAACAGCUGUAAUCCAAAGGGUAAAACCUUUCGUAAGCAAGACAAUAAAUUACAAUGUUUGAAUAAUGUCCAAAUGUUCCAGCCAAAAUAUCUAAUCAAUGAAAAAUAAAACACUUAUCAAAGAAGUUCAAUAUACAUAUGUGCAACCUGAAAUAUUGUAACUUUUAUUGUAGGUUUUCUUUUUUCAUUUCUGGGACGAAUGUCAUAUUUUUUCUCUGCUCUGACUUAGGGUGAGUGUCGAUACACCCUUUGACAAAAAUGUUAGUUAUGUGAAAUAUGAUGUGUUGUUAAAGGUCUAAUCACCCAAAGGUAAGAGUCGUAAUUGAAUUAAAAGCCAUUUCAACCAGCAACAUUAAAACGCCUUUAACUCA